AUGGCGGACAACGUAAUUUGGGGAUCAAAAGAUUUUCUUGUUCCAGAAUAUUAUAACUUUGCAGACGUCAUAGACGAAUGGGCUUUAAAAGAGCAGGUAACCUGAGCAUAUCUAAAUUAUUAUUCUUGUCUGUUUCACACAACUUAAUUGUUACAGAAGAAAUUGCACAUUUCACAAGGUUUUGUUUAUCUAUAAACAUUUAUUGUCGUUUUGCUCUUUACUCGUAGAUUUCAUAUUUACAUAUAUUUUCCUAUAUUUGAUCGUUUUUCAUAUUUAUUCGUAUUCAUUCAUGUUACGCUCGCUUAGGCUUUUGCAUUGAAGUUUUGCUUGUUUUCCGUUAUUCAAGCUAAUAGGCGCUUUCGAAUAUUCAUUUUCGGCGACUUCUAGCGUUUAAUCUCAGUUUUACUUAGAACCUAGCCGUAGAUUUCUUGUCUCGUUUUUCAUGUUGCGUGUUUUUGUUUUGCCAAAAUUUUCCUUCAGAACACUAGCCUAUUGAAAAAUGAAAAUUAGACGGGAGGUACUUACUAACUUCACAAUAACUCCAAGAGAAUUCUACACAUUUCGUAAUACUCUAUUAAUACGUAUGAAGGAUGGAUUGGUCACCAGUACAAAUUUUCUUCAAUAAGUUUACGUUUAAUCGUCGUUAUAUUUGGGAUCGAGGCAGAGUGACACGCAGUUCUUCCUAGAGGGUGAGGUCCUCAAGAGAACCAAGGGUGGGAACAUCGAAAAGGAAAAAAGACAGGGUUGGGAGGCAUUAUCCCAUAAUGCUCCUCAUAUCUUAAGAGAACUUCAAUUACACUCCUAGGUAAGUACUUCUCGUCUAAUUUUCCUUUCUCUUUCAAUAUGCUCCGCAUUAUGAGAUAAUUAUGCGAUUUUAAAGAACCGCGCACUAAAAACAAAAACAGCAAUUCCAUACACAGCAAAAUAAGGCAUUUAUUAAGAUUAAGGACUAGACCUACUCUAGAACAUCUCUCAAAUAAUGUCUGCAAUAAACAUGCUCACUAGACCAAUCUGCCAUCUUAAGGAUAUCAGCAACUGGGGCGCCGGUGACAUACGCAUGAGAUGUGACAGCCCCUCUUACACUGUGUGCCUUAAAUUUCGAGUUUCUGCGGACUAUAAUACUGACAUGAUCCACCUAGCUAUUUUCCUAGGGGACACAGGGUUGUAUGGCCUAAUGAAGGACAAAAACAAUUUAGAAACAAAAUGCCCAUUACGAACCCUAAGUGCUUCAGAACGAGAAAUAUACUCCUUUAAUGCAGCAAGCGGGCAAACUGAGACACAACCUGUAGACGAAAAGGUGAUCUUAAUAGACUUCCCUUGCCUGGAAGUCUUUGACCGAUCAGUUACAUCAAAGCUCAUUGAAUCUUGAGAUCCUUUUUGAAUUUUAGGUCUAAAGCAGUUAAUGUCUGCUGUCUCUGUGCAGAGGCUAAUGCACAGAGCAUGACAGUCUUAAAGUUAUCAACUUUAAACUUAGCUCAUGUAGAGGAGGUAAAGUCUUUAAAUAGUCUGUCACUUUAGAAACAUACCAUGUAGAAGUACACCUUGGAGUUGGCGAUCCGAGAAAGUACACUUCCUUGAGUAAUCUCGCUAUUUAAGGAUCUGAACCAAGAAGAAUCUCGAGCAUUGUUCACGGAACAAAGCGUUGUAGAUAGUGCAGAACGAUAAGUGUUAAUGGUACAGUAUCCUUUGCCCUCAUGAUAACAGUUGAGAACUCCACCACCUGGAUGACAGAAGCUUGAAGUAAAUCAAUUUGCCGUUUGUAACCCAGCCAGACCACUUGUCCCACACGUCCUUGUACUGUUCCUCGGUACCUGCUGUCCAUGAUGCGCAAAUGAUGUCAACUGAUUGCUUUGAAAAUCCUUUGUUUGACAGAACUUUCAUGAUAAUGUCCAAGCGGCCAAGUUCAGUUUGUGUCUCAGUGGGUGCUGUUCUUGGUUAUGAGGGAGACUCAGGAGGUUCUCUAGACGAGGCAACAAGAUAGGCUGAGUUGCUGACAACUGUAACUGAAGUGGAUACUAACUCUGAGCAGGCCAUACCAAUGCAAUUAAUAGAACUAAGGCUUUGUCGUGGCGACGCUUGGCUAGUACUCGAGGUAGCAAACUAAAAGGAGGAAAGGCAUAGCAAUUCAUAUUAUCCCAACUAAAAGAAAAGGCAUCUAUAGCCAUUGAACCUGGCAGUGGGUGCCAGGAGAUAAACUUCGCAGUUUUGGCAUUAAGCCUAGAUACAAAAAGGUCAAUCUCAGGAAUAAAGGUUUGAGAAAUAAUUUCCUUAAAAACCAAACAAUCUAAGGACCACGCCAAAUUAGAGGAGAUUUCCCUGCAUAAGGUAUAGGCCAGAGUAUUAACCUUCUCUGAGAUGUGCUGAGCAGAAAUAAAAAUAUCCCUCAACUUGCACCAGUCCCAAAUACUUCUGAACAAUAAAUCUAAUAAGGGGGAUCGUACACCCUCCGCAUUGAUAAUACAGGGCACUGCAUUGGAGUUGGCAAUUGCAAGUCUAACAUCAUGAACGGACCUUGAAUUAGACUCAAAACAAUUGACAGCAUGAAAUGGUGCUAGAAGUUCCAGGUAAUUAAUGUGAUGUUUGGAUUCGCUUUGAGACCACCUGCCAGAUGCAGACAGGCUACCACUCACGGCUCUCAAACCAAUUAAACUUGCAUCAGUCUGAAUGUAAAUGUCAAUCAGUUUCGGAACCUGAAAAAGCCUACCAUUGCACUGGGUAAUAUUCUCAAUGAACCGCUGUAAAUCAGAACGAGCUUGAGAGCUUAAUGAUCGUGUCCUGUCAUAACCAAGGCUUCCACACAACGUUUGCGUCUUGCACAACUCUUAAGGAACGGUAAUGCAUCUCUAGAUAAUUCACAGCCGGGAGUGCAGAAACUAACAGCACAGUUACUUUAGCAACAUCCCUAACACUAGGUUGGUGCUUAUCUAAAAGGAACUUUACUGGCUGAGACUAUUUUCUCUAAUUUAACAGCCAGCAACUGCAAUUUCAUUGCUAUGGAAUUAAUUAUUAAACCCAAAUAAAAGAUCUUAUUGACAGAAACUAGCUGAGAUUUCUCAACAUUGACAGUAAAGCGCAAAUCACAGAGAGUUGUUUUACGACAAUAAAUCAAAAAUAAAUCUAAAAUAUGCUAUAACAGGUUUAAAAAUCUUAGUGAAAACCCCGGGUGCAAGGCUGUACCCAAAAGGUGAACAAGUAAACUCUUCACGCUUGGAAUUCCAAGAAAACAUAAGGAUUUACGAUGGGGCUGGAAAACAGGUGCACUGAAACAAGCAUCCUUAAGGUCAAUAGAGACCAUGAAGUCCCCAGGGGAAAUACAGUUCCAGGCCAUGCGGAUAUUAUCCAUCUUGAAAUGAAUCUUUUUCACAAAUUGAUUUAAGGGCUUAAGGUUUAUAACUGGCCGAAAGUUCCCGGUCUUUUUGGAAACCAAAAAGACUGUCGAAAUGGAUUCAUUAUCACAAGGAGACACUUCAGUCACAGCACCCUUAGAAAUUACCUUUUUAAAUAUCUUUUGUUGACCAAGUCGCGAACUAAUCAGUUAAAAUUAUAGAAGAAAGAUUGUGAAAAUAUGAAGGGUCAUUAUGUUUUGCUAGGCAACUUUAUUUUAAAAUAUACGAGCCACUGAACUGAUGAAUCCAAUUUCGCAUGAUGUUUCCCAUUUAGGCCUCGGGAAAAAAAAUUAGCUAGAAAAAAUAUUUUUCAUUCGAUCGUACUUAAACCAACGAUUUUGUAAUUAGGGCCCAUAGGGCUUUAUUCCGGCUGAGUUUGUGGCCAGGUCAUUUUUUAACUAUUUCCACGUCUAGUUGAUAAUUGCGCGGAGCCGCUCUUAAAAAGGCAAAUUACUUUCAGCAGGUUCUUAAUCCACAAGGUUCUUACAUGGGGGUUUUAACUGCAUUGUAUUAACUUCACAAAAGUGCUGAUUAGUGUAUUUUAAAUUUUACUUUUCUUGCAGGAGGGCAAAAGAAAGAGUGAUAUUCCAGCCCUUUGGUGGAUUGAUGGUGACGGUAAUGAAGUGAAGUGGAGUUUUCAAGAUGUCGUUUUGAACUCUAAAAAGUAAUAGUUUUUUCAGCCUAUCCCCUUAAAUGGCAUUUCCAACCUAUGCUUAAAUUUACCUGCUUCCUAAGGUGGAUUUUUUUAAAUGGCACUUCGAGAAAUUCAUCUAUGUUUAUGUAAAUUACUGCGCCUAGGGGUCCGCCACUAAAAAGAAGCGCAACCCCUUACAAAAAUUCAUGAGGCUUGUCACUCCCCAAUGUAGAUGUAACGAUAAAUUUAAAAUUUAACUUUUUCACUGCUUGGGUAACCUCUAUCUAUCCUUGAGCCAACUAAAACGGUGCCACCUCGGUACCUCGUAUUCAGAGAUUGUAAUCUCCUUUGCUUUUUCUUCUCUCUAGGACCGCUAACUUGCUGUGUGCGGCCGCUGAUAUCGAACCAGGCGACCGUGUGAUGAUAAUUUUGCCUGCAGUUCCGGAGUAUUGGAUGAUACAGGCUGCUUGUUUAAGAACAGGUUUGGUUAAGGUGUCGUAGAUUUGAUUUAACAUCAAUCCUAUAGACUUGUUACAAGUCGACUCACGAGUUUCUUAACAAAUGGAGCGAGCUUCUUAGUCUGCGCCGUAUUAAAUCGGACGAAGGACUUUUUUGAAAGUCUAUGUGGACAUACUAACACAAGGUUUUGAAAGAAACAUAGGCAUUGACGAUAAGAGCGUGCGUUUAUCCCGUCCUGUAAUUUGAAACUAAUGAUCAGUGCUUCCUUGAUUGGUUCGUUAACUCUAACUGUAUCGUUUCUAUUAGAUUUCACCUUAUUUUGACUCUCAUGCCGCAUACUGUGCAUAACAAAUGUUCCAACAUGUUAAUGUCAACGCAUAAACCCAGUCAAUUCGUUGGAAAGGCCAAGAAACAUUUUCUCAAUCCGCACAAGAGAGGCUCUCUUCACUGGCUCUUAUUCACAUCCACUAUCUAACCUACAUUGAUCUGAAGAAUUCUUUGAUUGAUGUGUUUCUAAGAAAGACCCAAGGAAGCUUCAGCUUGGUACACUAUUGAAUAGUCAUGAUGCAAAGAUCAUUAUUCAAACUUUGCGAAUUAUACGGAUUUACAACUUUCUUUCUGCUUUUUUUUCUGUUAGUGGCAUCCCGUAUUGUCAUUCUAAAAAAGUACUCUAUUUGAAAAAAAUUACUUUGAAGAUUAAAAGGUCAAGAAAUACCCAGUUCUUCAAAACGCUUGAAAUGCAGUCUCAGACAACCUAAUUCCAACCCCCACCCCAGAGACUUGCGCCCCCGGUGUGGUUUGUUGGAUCGCACCUCAACGUAAAAAAUCCUGGCUACAGGCCUGUGCCGGUGCAAACGUUAUCCAGUAUAGUGUAAACAUAGCCUAAUAUACGUCGACAAUGAACUGCCUAUUAGGGGUGAGACUGAUCUAUCGUAUUAAUUUAGCACGAUUGUUACAGGUGCAGUCUUCAUGGUAAUCCCAGAUAACACUGGGCCCAAAGAACUUCACCGUAGAAUUGUGAAGUCCAAACCAGUCUGUGUAGUGUCAGCUAACUCUGAUCAGAUUAAAGAAGAGCUGCUUGAUGUUAUUGACAAGGUAUCUCACUUGGUAUAAUUUGAUUAAAAAAACUAUUUUGUAAUGUUUAAAUAUAAGGCAGUUCAGGUAUGGGAAAAUUUUCGGAAGAACUGAAGUUUCUAAACAUAAAAGGUUCGCCUUGAAAAGAAACUAUAAAAAUUUUCUACUACAAAACCAAUUAUAGCUAACUUCAUUUUUUUUUUCCCUCUCUGUUUUCGUUAUAAAAAGCCCAAUUUAACAAUACAUUGCAUUGUAUUAUAAAGGUUUAUUAUAGUUAAGAACUUUUGAAUGUAAUUUAUUAGUAGCACACAGCUAUGGUCAUUUUAGAUUUGUUGAUUUUAUUCAAAACAUGUCUGCACUCAGUAACCAACACGAACACUUCGGCUACUGUGGUCACCGACUUUUUUCAUCACUUAUUUAUCCUUUCUUUUGUAAUUUGUCUUAACUGUAUCUCCUUGAUCCGUGCACAAUGGAGGUGAAAUUAUUCUUUUCAUAGUCUCGAUAUAAAGUGAGUAAGAGAAUGUUCAAUAAAAAGUAGUGAUGAACAAAAGUGCCGUGUUGUAGUUGGAGUUUCUUUCCAAACGUUUCGGGCCUGGCCCUUCAUUAGCGAAGGUACACGUACUUUAGAAUCGUCGCAAAGAUCGUUCAGCAAAAUACCUUGAUUUGUCAGAUCAAUUAUUUCAUUGCCGAAGCCGCGAGGCCGAAGUCAAAGGCAGUGGGAAAUAAUUGAAGUGCAAGACACCGACCAUAACCAUUGCAACGAAAGGAGACAAUUUUCAAUCAGCAUUAUGUUUUGCUUUCUGAAACGUUAUUAAAGGCAUGAGGAGACACUAUUAUCCCUAAAGACAGGGGCAAAUUGCCCAUAAGCUGAGCAUUGUCUGGAGCAAAGCAGAGCCAAACGACUUUUUCUCCAUGGCGCAUGGGUAGACUAUUGUCCGUAGGCUGCAGAGACGUUAUGACCUCUAGACCAAUCAAAAGUUCGGAAAAAAUAGUUUGAAAUAUUAUGAUUAUUUAUUAUGCCUUUGCUGCUCAUUGUUUGUUCGUUUUUUCGAUUUAAUUUGUUUUACAGGUUAUAGAAGUCAAUAUUAAAACCAAGAUUUUGGUCAACAGGAUCAAAGUUAAACAAAGGUAUCUGGCAAGAUCGAUCUCUGCUCAUGCGUCCAUGCGCAUCUUUCUAACUUCUUGCACAAAAACCAUCCAUCAAUAAGGUCUAAGACGAAAGGUUUUCAUUUUUUAAGUUUCUCCUAUGUAAUAGCAAAGAGCUGAUAGUCUUGUUGAAUUGACCGAGAAAAAACAAUUAUUAUUCUUUGAUACCACCUCUAGAUAGACCGUUUGUCAAAGAAACUAGCAUAAUAGAGCUUGGACUUUCAUAAUAGAGAGGCCAAAACAGAGUUAUCAAUUACGUCAAAUGAUUUGAAAUUGCGACUUUAAUCUUUUCAUUUGCGAGGAAUUUCUUAUAUUUCAUGCCCUAUACGCCCUCUUCUAGGAGUAUAAAUAGAGUCCAUGAUCUUUUAUUUUAUCAAUUACAAUUGAAUACUCCUCCUGUUUUUUUUUUUUUCUCCAAUUUUGUUCUUUUUUUAUUAUUUUCUUUCAUUUCAUCUUACAUUACAUUAUUUUACAAUAUCAACUCAAUUACUUAUAGUACAUGCACUGACAAAUAACCAGAUUAAAACUUCACAAAAUUACAAAUGCCAAAGGAAAAAACAAAGAAAACAAAACAUAAGGUACCAAAGUAUUUAUAAGAAAAGAGAGCAAGGCCAAUAUUGAGAAAAUUAAUAACGCGAAAGUACAAGAAAUAAAUAUAUUUAAUUCAUCGCGAAGUGAUUUUAUAAUCUCGUCGAGCGCGCAGUGCGUGGACCGUGCGUAGAUAUAGCGAGCUGCAAACUCGCAGCGCUCAUCUUUACUUGUAUAUAUUCGAUGGUGUACGUACUGUAUGUUUCUUGUAAGAAGCAAAUAUUUUACCUUUUAAAAAGGCUAAGCCAGAGGAAUCUUAACGAUAUUGUGGUCUUUACUAUACUUGCAGGAAAGGCUGGCUUGCAUUUGAGAACCUUUUGGAGACUGCAAGAGUCGAUUUUCAGGUUGGAAAUAAGUUUUCUGUAGAACUAAGACUUUAAUUUGUGCCGCCUGUCAUUUCCAUAAUAGUACGAAAAGAUCAACUUUCUCCAUCAUAUUCAAGUUGUCUUUAUACCACAAGUGGCGUGUAUCGUUUUCAUUACCAUUGCUUUUCAUGCACGUUCCUCUAACGUUAAAAAUCGCGAAGGGGUGCAUCCUUCUACCGUUAAUGUUGUCUUGUAUAGUUGAUUUCGCUUAGUACUUGUCACAGCUUGAUUUUCUGGUUUUCGCUUGCGGCGACAUACAAAUAAACUUAUUCAGAAUCUCCCUACCUGCUUAACACAUACCGUGAAGGUCGACCUUCUUGGCGAUCUUUUUGUGCACGCGACAUGCACUCACGAAUAAGGAGCCAGUACGUUAGAACAUAGGAAAAUCAGUCUGUCUACAGCUGCAAAAUGACAAAGACGGCGGAAACUUUCACUGUGAGACGCGUGUUGACACGUGUUCCUUGAGCUUGCAAAUUUCGCGCGCCCUGGAGAAAAAUAAUUUCGGCACAGAAUGACCGACGAAAAUGCUGUAUGCGCCAGUAUGAUAACAUUAAAGGAUUACGAAGGAACUAAAAUAGAUCUGACCAGCCGAAAAAUUAUUAUUAUUAUUAUUAUUAUUACUUUUCUUGUAGUUAUUAUCAUUAUCAUUAAUUAAAAGUAAACUUUGCAAGACAUCAACGUGACACAGAAAGAACUUUAACAGAGCAGAGUGCAGUGAUAAGCAGCCCUUUCGCUCUCUUUUUUCCUCAUUACGGCAGGGCAUAGAAUGAUUACUGUGCGCCUAUUAUACUGUCUAUUAUACUUACGUGUAGUUUGCAUGGCAACAUUCCUUGGUUGUAGUUGCUGGAGUUUUUUUUCUCAUCCUGUUCACAGAGGUUGAUAUUUACCUCUGUUUUGUUUAAUACAUAACCGGUCUUUCUAUUUUAUUUUUCUUUCUCUUUACAAGUCCGUGAAGUCAUUAAGUUCAGCUCCCACUAACAUAUUCUUCUCAAGCGGAACAACUGGAAAUGCAAAGAUGAUCGAACACUCGCAAGCCAGUAUGGGACUGGGAAGUUUAGCAGUUGAAAAGUACGUGACAAAGGCGGAAGAACCACGGAUUUUUGGCUUUUAAUUUGAUCCCUUCGCCACCAAGGGGUAGUGGGUAAGAAGCGGAGGGAGGGGUGAAUUUUUCUUCCUGUAUGAAUGGGUGGGCUUUCAAUAGACAGAGGACAAUACCAAUUUCAGCACUGAAGCACACAUACCAAUUCCGCGGCAUGACUGGUACCUUACGCACACGCACAACCGAGGACGAAACAGCUCUCCUUGGCUACCACUGCCGGGGUGAUAUGAUUGUGCGCAUUAGUAAGGUACUAGCCAUACCGUGGAGUUGCUACGUGUGCUUCUGUGCUGAAAUUGGCAUUCUUUCUAAAGAGGGUCUGCUUUAGAGAGAAGAGCUGUAAAAUGCAUUCUUUCAGGUUUUUUCCAAGUUAGGCUUAAAGCUUUUAACUGAAUCAUUUUCUAUUACAGGGUUAACGAAGAAACAGAUUUAAUUUGGGUAACUACUCCUACUGGGUGGAGUGUGCUUCUUACUCGGUCUUUUUAUGGUGCUUGGUCCGAUGGAGCAGGGACUUUCGUUCAUUACAAGAAAGUGACCCCUAGAGAAGUCCUGAAAACCUUGCAGGAGUAUCCUAUUACUGUGGCUCAGUUUAGGCCUUCCAUUUACACAAAGGCUUUGGACGAGGGUUCUCUUGAUAGCUGUAAAUUUCCCACAUUAAAACGCUGCUUAGUCUCAGGGGAACCAUCAAACAAGAAGGUGCUACGUCGUUGGAGAGAAAAAACAGGAGUUGCGCUCUGGGACAUUUACGGACAAACGGAGUUGGUAUAUUUCAAAAUCUGUUAAUCAGGACCUCCAAUAGCCUGCGGACACAGUCGUAUUUCCGGUCGUCGCAAUACUUCUGUGUCCGCAGGCUAGGCCUCCAAAGAUGCCUUCAUUUAAGUGUCAAUGCAUUUCGCACGAGGUAAUAACUUAAAACUCGCUUUUUCUUACCCCUGCUUUUGUAAGACGAGACGGCCAAUUCUAAGUGGUUAUUCAAGUCACGUGAAGGUUUAGGGUGAUCUUACAAAACUGAGCCACUGAGCUCCUGAGUCCAUUGGGAAAGGAACCUAGCUUAUUUCUGUCCUUUUUGAGAGGGUUUGAAUUCUACAUUUUCUUAUGAUUGGAGGCGCUGUGCAGACAGUGUUAUGGAUUCUAGAGACCAAUCCAGGCGUUGCUGACUGCAAAACCUAAUCACAUGCUCAGAUUACGGCCCUUAACUAAACUUUGUUUUGAGGUCCACUUUCUUUCAGUAUGAUGGAGGAAUUUAUGAAUGCCAAAAUGGCGCAGCUACGUGAAGACAAUUCUCUGCAGUCAUAGCAGACUUCUUUAUGGACCACCUCACACAUACUGUCUUAGACAUACCACGAUGAAUAAUCAGGCUUUCAUUAUACAUCUUUCUCUUUCAUCUCCUAUGUGCUUAAUUUAUACUUUUUCUUAAAGAAUGCUUUGACAUGGUACAGAGACGCAGGAAACAGCUCACAGCUUGAAUCUGUUGGUAGGCCUUUCCAUGGUGUUGACAUGCUUGUAAGUUGAUUUGACUACUAGUAGUAAAUAUUCACCAACUUUGGCCGGACAUUCUGCGAACAAAUUCUGAUACUUACGUAUUUACGUCUACAUGUUUUGUAGGCUUAUGCACUGUUUGUCAACUAUCAUUGAAAUAUAGGUUGUUGACGAUAAUAACCAAGAGCUACCGCAUGACACACUGGGAAGAAUUGUGGUUCGUGUAAAACCCUAUCGUCCUGUUAAGAUGUUUAUCCGUUAUGUGGUAAGAAAAAGAAGUAAUUGUUAAGUGAGCUAACUCAGUUUUUUACAUUUAGCUUUUGUUUCCAUUUUGUAUCAGAAGAAACCUAAAGGUGAUGUUACACGAGACGAUCCGCCACGACGAUCUUUAGCGCAACACAGCGUUGCAACAUUGUUGCGACAUUGUUUCGAAUGGUAACAACAUUGUUCCAACAUUGCAACGGUGUGUUGCGCUAAAAAUCGUCGUUGCGAAUCGUCCCGUGUAACAUCACCUUAAGUUUCCGUUGAAAUCUUCUUCCAAAUCCUAGUUCUAACAUACAUACGAAUAAUGAACAAUGUAACUAUGAACUUUAUUAACCUGAAGUGAUAACUUGUUUGUAGGAUGAUCCUCAGAAAACCGAGGCUUGUUUUUCUGGAGAUUUUUACGUGACAGGUGCGUUAAGUUUGUGA